GGUGGUGACUGUCAGUAGGAGGGAAAGGGGAACGGAAAAUUAGAAAGUGGGCCCAGAGGAUAAACGAGGAACUAAGGAAAGACCUGCUGCAGCCCUCGCGAUUCCAAUUUGUACCCGUUUCUUUUGCAUCAGAAACUGCAAUAAGAUCUGUGGACAUCUUGAGUGGUUCAAAAUCUGGACAAAUCCAGGGAUCUUGGGAGCUGUGUGUUUUCCCAUGGAGCAGACAUCCAGUUAGAGACUUUAUUUCAACUGGAAAUCAAAGCAUCCGCUUCUGAAAGGUCUGACUCACCAUCCGCAUCAAACCACAAUGAUCAAGGAUUACUACGCAGACAUUAAAUCAAUGGAUGUGGAGAAUGAGGGUGAAAUGGAUAGCAGGAGAGAGUUCCCCCCAGCCCGGUCACAGGGGAGACGUGUCUGCUCGGGCCAUCGAGUGGUUCUAAUCCUCCUGGGACUUCUUUGUGUCAUCACCAUAGCAACUGCUGCAUUUGGCAUCAGUGGUCGCAGGUUGGGCACUGAUCUGGGGGGGAUGCAGGACGAUCUCAAGAGCCUCAACCGCACAGUCUCCGUGGCAUUAGUGGCUCUGAAAAACAAGCAAACAGAGGAUCUGAAGAAACUGGUGAAGAUUGAUCAUAUGGCGAAAAAUCUGACUGAGGCGGUGGAGCACGCGAAGUCACAGUACCAGGACCAAAUCCUCAAACUCCGGGGCAGCCUCAGGACCUUGAACUGUGACCUGGAGAAGGUGAAACAUAACAAAACAGGCAGCCCAGGGAUCUGCUGCCCUAGAGGCUGGACUGCCUUCAGCCGCAGCUGCUACUGGGCCGCCCCUGCAGAGAAGUCCUGGGAAGAAGCCAAAGCCGACUGCCAGGAGAAAGGCUCCCACCUGGCCAUCAUCACCAGCUAUCAAGAGCAACAAUUCGUGUUCCAGCAAACAAAGUCUCGGCACACCUGGAUCGGCUUGAGCUUCACCGGUGGCAGCUGGAAGUGGGUGGAUGGGAACAUCUACACCGUACGCCGAAUAGACUGGAAGCCCGGAGAGCCCGACACCUAUUCCCCCCGCAUGGGCGAGGUGGCGCACUGCGUGCACCUGUAUCACGGCGAUGGCCUGUGGAGUGACGAACAUUGUGCUCGGCGGUACAGCUGGCUGUGUGAGAUGGAAGCCAGCUAAUAGUGGUGGCGAAGGCGAAGGGUUCCUCUCCAUCCUACUCCUGCGAUGCUGUGAAGAGGAAGGCAGGACAGAGGGAGGAGGGGAGCCUGCGACACAGCCCCCAGGCAUCGGAAGCAAAUAAAAAUAAUGGUUCUGUCAAGAACAGUGGUGCACGCAUGGUGAUGUUUGGGGUGGGGGAAGCGUUUCGUUCUAGGUGGACCAUAUUUAUUUGUGUAUUCCUGGGAUCUCCGGACUUGGGUCCUCAGAUGUGGCUGGACUACAACUCCCAUCACCCACCAUCGUGAAGUCCAUUGCAGAAGUGGAUGAUGGGAGUUGUAGUCCAGCCACAUGUGGGGACCCAAUGCUGAGAAACCCUGGGAUACACAAUUUAUACCCUGCCUUCCUUCCAGGAUGGAACACACGCAGCAGGAUGAAGAGGCUCCUUGGCAGUGUUCCCUCCAACAGGGAUUCCCAGAUGUUGCUGACUACAACUCCCAUAAUCCCCAGAGGCCAUUGCAGCUGGGGAUGCUGGGAGUUGUACUGAACAAGGUCUAGAAAUCCCAGUUAGAGGGAGAGGUGCUCAGCAGCCGUCUCAGAACGGCUUAACUUCAGCAAGGGGUCUGCUGCACGGCACGCUGCCUUCGGAGUACCACGCCCUGGGACCUCGCUGAUGACCGCAGCUCUCCAUUUGGGCCCAUUUGGCCCUGGAUUCCCCACUCGGCUGUUGGGAAGCCGAUGGCGCUGCUGCUGAGCCGACCUCGCAGGAACAGCCGAAGCAGGGUCAGACUCCAAGGCCCGUUGAGCCAUGCAGGCUGUUUCCAGCAGGGGCAGCAUGACAGGGACAUGGGAAGAAGCUGCCAUAGACUGAGUCAGACCAUUGGCCCAUCUAGCUCAGUACUGUCUGCACAGACUGGCAGCAGCUUCUCCAAGGCUGCAGGCAGGAGUCUCUCCCAGCCCUAUCUUGGAGAUGCUGCCAGGGAGGGGACUGGGAACCUCCUGCAUGCAAGCUGGUAGAUGCUCUCCCACUGAGCUACGGCCUCAUCCUCUUCCUUACAGCACCCACAUGGUCUCCCAUCCAAAACACAAACCAAGGCAGGCCCUUCUCAGCACAAAGGACUAUUCGUGCUUGCUACUGCAAGACCAGCUGCCCUUCUCUAUGCCUCUGUGGAGUCCACAAGAAGAGCCCCAAGCCCACCUCCCUCCCCCAGCCCCACUGCUUGCCUCUCCCCAUCAUCUUAUGUUGACCAUGGACCCUCAAGACACAUUUAUUCAUUGAGGCUUUUAAUUAGAUAUGUAGAAUCUGUUGAUUGUUUUAAUGUUGGUUAUUUUACUUCAAACCACUCAGAGAUGUGCGUUUGGGGCAGGCUUACAAAAAAUAAAUGAAUAAACCAUCUGGUA